AUGGGCUAUGGAGGGGCCGCCGAGCCAAAGCCUGCCUGUGCGUUCCGUUACAAUGGGCUCUCCUUUGUCUACCUCAUCUACCUCCUGCUCAUUCCUCUCUUCUCAGAACCCACAAAAGCCACAAUGCAAGGGCAUACAGGACGAUUAUUAAAAUCUCUGUGUUUCACCAGUCUGUCAUUUUUGCUGCUGCACAUCAUCUUUCAAAUUACAAUAAACAGUCUUGAAGCUGGAAAACAAAUUGAACCUGGUUUUAACUGUUCAACAUGGGAGAAAACGUUACGGCAGAUUGGUUUUGAAAGUGUGAAAGGCGCUGAUGCUGGCAACGUGAUCAGACUAUUUGUACCAGAUAUUGGGAUGUUCAUCGCGAGUCUGGCAAUAUGGCUCCUCUGCCGCAACAUUGUUCAGAAGCCAAUAACUGAGGACGCAGCACAGUACAACCUGCAGUUUGAAAAUGAGGAAAUGGCUGUAAGAGAAAAGAUAGAGCCAGAUGAUGCAUUGAUGUAUGAAGAAGACUUGGACGAUGAAGACUGUGGUGAAGCAGAAUUUGAAGAAACCACAAAAUUAAAACUGCUACGUAGAAUUGCCUCCCUAGCAUCCAAACUGAAGGAGUUUAUUGGCAACAUUAUAGCCACCACUGGAAAAGUUAUUGUUACAGUUUUACUUGGUUCAACAGGUAUGAUGGUGCCAUCUUUGACCUCAGCUGUGUAUUUCUUUGUGUUUCUGGGGCUGUGCACAUGGUGGUCCUGUUGCCAAGUGUUUGAUCCGCUGAUAUUCAGCUGUCUGUGUGUAUUAAUGGCUAUAUUCAGUGCGGGACACUUGAUUGGACUUUAUCUGUACCAGCUACAGUUCUUUCAGGAAGUUGUUCCCCCCAGAGAUUUCUAUGCCAGGCUCUUUGGUGUCACUUCUCUUACUCAGACAAACUGUUCAAGCACAUGGAUGAUCAUAAGAAAUCAAGAAUUAUACUGGUAUCACAAUGCAAAUCCAAUUUUACUGCUGGUGAUGUACUACACCCUGGCAACUCUAAUCCGUCUUUGGCUACAAGAGCCUAUUGUAAUGGAGAUGCCUGAUGAAGAGAAGUCUGGUGGCAGAGAAGAAGACAAAGAAGUAGACUGCAGCCCCAUUCCAAUGACAGCGGAGAGAAGACGCAGCCUGUGGUACGCGAGCCACUACACAACUGAUGAGAGAAAACUUCUGUCAAUGACCCAAGAUGAAUACAAGCCAUCGGAUGUUUUGCUGGUAACAGUGAAUGGGAACCCUGUUGAUUAUCACACCAUCCACCCCACACUUCCAUUAGAAAAUGGUCCAGCCAAAGCAGACAUGUACUCAACACCACAGUACAAAUGGGAGCCUUCGGAUGACAUGUCAGGUAGUGAAAAGAAUUGCCUGGGAAUUGAGGAAAAAGAAAAUGUUAAAUUACAUGCUAUGGUCUCUGUGUUCCAAUUUAUCAUGAAACAAAGUUACAUUUGUGCUCUGAUAGCUAUGAUGGCUUGGAGUAUCACAUAUCACAGCUGGUUGACUUUUGUGUUACUGAUCUGGUCUUGCACGCUGUGGAUGAUCCGUGACCGAAGGAAAUACGCCAUGAUCAGUUCACCAUUCAUGGUUUUCUAUGGAAAUUUAUUGCUAACAUUGCAGUAUAUAUGGAGUAUUGACCUCAAGAAUGAUGAGCUUCCUGAAGUAUCAGGAUUUUUAGAAAGAAAGGAACCUGGGGAAUUAGCAUCUAAGAUUCUUUUCACGAUUACUUUCUGGCUACUGCUUAGGCAACACCUCACAGAGCAGAAAGCAGUUCGGCUAAAAGAAGCUACUUUAUCUGAGGUCAAAGUUGGGAGUGAAGAAAAUGAAGAAAAAGGAGAGGAAUUGCAAGAGGGAGAAGUGGCAGAAGAAGAGGAGGAGGUGGUGGAGGAAGAGGAUGAUGAUGAUGAUGAUGAACAGGAUAUUAUGAAAGUCCUGGGGAAGCUGGUGAUGGCUAUGUUCAUCAAGUACUGGAUUUACGUCUGUGGGGGCAUGUUCUUCUUUGUUAGCUUUGAGGGAAGAAUUGUCAUGUACAAAAUCAUCUAUAUGGUACUGUUCCUCUUCUGCGUGGCCCUCUAUCAGGUGCACUAUGAAUGGUGGAGAAAGAUUUUAAAAUACUUUUGGAUGUCAGUGGUUGUUUACACGAUGUUGGUGCUUAUCUUCAUCUAUACCUACCAGUUUGAGUCAUUCCCAGGGUUGUGGAAGAAUAUGACAGGCCUGGAUGAAAACAAACUAGAGGAUCUUGGUUUAAAACGGUUUUCUGUGGCUGAGCUAUUCACCCGCAUCUUUAUCCCCACCUCCUUCCUAUUAGCGUGUAUUUUACACCUUCACUACUUCCAUGACCGUUUUCUCCAGCUCACUGAUUUAAAAGCUGUAACCAGCAAACAGGACAACACUAUUUACAGCCAUGCCAAAGUCAAUGGCCGUGUUUAUCUAAUAAUAAAUAGACUGGUACACCAAGAUGGAAGCCUGCCUGAUAUAACUAUGAUGAAUUUAAGAGCCAGCAUUGAGAAGGAAGAGGAUAAAAUGCUAGAAGAGGCUGGUGAGAAAAGAAUGGAAGAGCCAGAUGGGGAGGGAGGGAAAGGGAGGGAUGAAAAGGAAAAAGAAGAAGACGAGGAAGACAAGGACAAGGAAGAUGAUGAUGAUGACAAUGAGUCAGAGGAAGAAGAAACUACAGACUUAAAGAACAAGUGGCAUCUGGUGAUUGAUCGCCUCACAGUGCUGUUUUUGAAAUUCCUGGAGUAUUUUCAUAAGAUGCAAGUUUUUGUGUGGUGGCUUUUGGAGUUGCACAUCAUCAAAAUUGUUUCCUCUUACAUCAUCUGGGUCACAGUGAAAGAGGUGUCUCUGUUUAACUUUGUGUUUUUAAUUGCCUGGGCUCUUGCUUUGCCAUAUGCUCAGUUUCGCCCAUUGGCAUCCAGUAUCUGCACUGUUUGGACAUGUGUGAUUAUUGUCUGCAAAAUGUUGUACCAGCUUACGUCUAUUGAUCCCAGCACUUUUUCCAGUAACUGUACAUUGCCUGGAGAGAACGAAACUGCAGUCAAUUUAGAAGAACUGAAAACUUCAGUCCUCUACAGUGGGCCAGUUGAUCCUGCAGAGUGGGUUGGACUGAGGAAAUCUUACCCCUUGCUUGUAUACUUAAGGAAUAACUUACUGAUGCUGGCUAUUCUGGCCUUUGAAGUUACAAUUUACCGUCAUCAAGAGUACUACAGAUGUCGAAAUAAUCUUACUGCACCUGUUACUAGAACCAUUUUCCAUGAUAUUACAAGAGCACAUCUGGAUGAUGGACUGGUAAACUGCAUCAAGUAUUUCAUAAACUACUUCUUCUAUAAGUUUGGUUUGGAGACCUGUUUUCUUCUGUCCGUUAAUGUAAUUGGUCAGCGAAUGGAUUUCUAUGCUAUGAUUCAUGCCUUUUGGUUGAUUGCUGUAUUGUAUCGACGCAGAAGAAAAGCUAUUGCAGAGAUCUGGCCAAAGUAUUGCUGUUUUCUGGCAUGCAUCAUUAUGUUCCAGUACUUCCUUUGUAUUGGCAUUCCACCUGCUCCUUGUAAAGAUUAUCCAUGGAGAAAUGGUAAUGCCAACUUCAACUCCAACAUCAUAAAGUGGUUAUAUUUUCCAGACUUCAUUGUGAAACCAAAUCCUGUCUUUCUUGUCUAUGAUUUUAUGUUGCUGCUGUGUGCAUCCUUGCAAAGGCAAACAUUUGAAGAUGAGAAUAAAGCUGCAGUACGAAUCAUGGCUGGAGACAAUGUGGAAAUCUGCAUGAAUCUUGAGGCAUCAUCAUUUAGCCAGCACAAUCCAGUUCCUGACUUCAUCCACUGUCGGUCCUACUUAGAUAUGUAUAAGGUGAUAAUAUUUAGUUACCUCUUCUGGGUUGUGCUUACGAUAAUCUUCAUCACGGGAACCACAAGGAUCAGUAUAUUCUGUAUGGGCUAUUUGGUGGCCUGCUUCUAUUUCCUUCUCUUUGGUGGAGACCUGUUGCUGAAGCCCAUCAGGAGCAUCCUGCGUUACUGGGACUGGCUGAUUGCGUACAAUGUCUUUGUGAUCACGAUGAAGAACAUUCUCUCCAUAGGAGCAUGUGGCUACAUUGAAUCAUUGAUUAAGAAUAGUUGCUGGUUGAUUCAGGCAUUUAGCCUGGCCUGUACAGUUAAAGGUUACCGUAUUCCAAGUGGCAAUCUAGACUGUAAACUGCCUAGUGGCGAAGCAGGAAUCAUCUGGGACAGUAUAUGUUUUGCUUUCCUGUUGCUACAAAGAAGAGUUUUCAUGAGCUACUACUUUCUUCAUGUGGUUGCUGACAUAAAAGCUUCACAGAUCCUGGCAUCAAGGGGUGCUGAGCUUUUCCAGGCUACAAUUGUCAAGGCUGUGAAGGCAAGAAUUGAGGAGGAAAAAAAAUCAAUGGAUCAACUGAAGAGACAAAUGGAUCGUAUCAAAGCCAGGCAGCAAAAAUACAGAAAGGGUAAAGAGAGAAUGCUGAGCAUGAACCAGGAGUCAUCAGAGGGGCAAGACAUUCAGAAGGUUUCUGAGGAGGAUGAUGAAGGAGAAGCAGACAAAGAGAAAGCCAAGGGCAAAAAAAAGCUGUGGUGGCGGCCUUGGGUUGAUCAUGCUUCCAUGGUCAGAAGUGGAGAUUAUUAUUUGUUUGAGACGGAUAGUGAAGAGGAGGAGGAAGAGGAGAAAAAAGAAGAGGAAGAGCCUCGUAAAAAAUCUGCAUUCCAGAGAGCUAUUGGGAAAUUUGCUUCAGCCAUUUUAGCCUUGCCAAAGUCUAUCAUUAAACUGCCCAAAACUAUUCUUCAGUAUUUAAUCAGAGCAGCAAAGUUUGUCUAUCAGGCCUGGAUUACAGAUCCUAAAACUGCACUGCGACAGAGGCGUAAAGAGAAGAAAAGGUUUGGGAAAGAGGACAAGAGAAAGCGAAAAGGAUCUGGGGAUGCUGCUGCCGAUGCGGACUGUGAAGACAGUGAAGAGGAACCCGUAAAGAAGAAAUCCGAUGGACCAGAUAACAUCAUCAAGAGGAUAUUUAAUAUUUUGAAGUUCACUUGGGUCCUUUUCCUGGCAACGCUAGACAGUUUUACAGCUUGGCUUAAUUCCAUCUCAAGAGAACACAUUGAUAUCUCUACUGUGCUAAGGAUCGAGCGUUGUAUGCUGACCAGGGAAAUUAAGAAG